CGAAGGGGUUAGGGUGGCACCUGGCGGGGCGGUAGGGGGUGUGCCUCCACCGCCGGCGGGCACUGCAGAGCGGGCAGGAUGGCACCUGGGCACGAAGGCGCUGAGCUCCCGGGGAGGUACAUCCAGGACGCGGGCACUGGGAUGCUCUACAAGCGAGGACGGCUCCUGGGGGAGGGCGCCUUUGGGUGCUGCUACCAGCUGGCAGAGUUGGCAAGCGGCAAAGUCUACGCAGCAAAGGUCAUCCCCAGAGCUCGGCUCGCUGCGGUGGGCACCAGGGAGAGGGUGGAGCGGGAACGUGAGCUGCUGUGCCACCUGUGCCACCGCCACAUCGUCCGCCUGCACGGGCACUUCGCGGACCGCGGCCACCUCUACCUGCUGCUGGAGCUCUGCAGCCGGGGGUCCCUGGCUGGCAUCCUGCGGGCACGGGGCAGGCUGCGGGGGCUGGAGGUGAGGUUCUACCUGAAGCAGAUCAUCGCGGGGCUGAGCUACCUCCACGGGCAGGGCAUCGUCCACCGGGACCUCAAGCUGAGCAACUUCCUGGUGACCGAGAAGAUGCAGGUGAAGAUUGGGGACCUGGGGCUGGCACAACGGCUGGCACCGCCGGGCCGGCGCUGGGGGGUGCUGUGUGGGACCCCCAAUUACCUGGCACCAGAGGUGUUGGACCGCAGGGGGCACGGAGUGCCCUCGGAUAUCUGGGCUCUGGGCUGUGCCAUGUACGAGGCCCUGACUGGCAGGGCUCCGUUCGAGGCGGCCCAGAGGCAGGAGCUGUACCGGCAGAUCCGGGGGGGCACAGUACCAGCUGUGCCCGCAGCUCUCAGCCCGUGCCCAGGCGCUCAUUGCCCACAUGCUGCAGCCUGAGCCCACGGCACGACCCAGCCUGCAGGGCAUACUCGGGCACAGUUUCUUCA